AGGAGUCAGUCCGUUCGCUUUCUUGCCCGGGCCUGCUGGCCGAUCUCUGCGUUCUGCGGGUUCUGAACAGUCGUUCCGGCGAUCACCUGCCCGUUGCAACGGAGAGGGGGGUCGGUAGAGGCUGCGCGCUGUCAGGAUGAGUUUCCUGCUGCCCAAGCUGAGCUCUAAGAAGGAGGUGGAUCAGGCCAUAAAGAGCGUGGCAGAGAAGGUUUUGGUCCUCCGGUUCGGAAGAGAUAACGAUGCUGUCUGUCUGCAGCUCGAUGAUAUUCUUGCCAAGACAGCUCACGAUCUAAGUAAGAUGGCAGUCAUCUACCUGGUGGAUGUGAACAAGGUUCCUGUGUACACCCAGUAUUUUGACAUCAGCUAUAUUCCAUCCACCGUAUUUUUCUUCAAUGGACAGCACAUGAAGGUUGAUUAUGGGUCUCCAGAUCACACCAAAUUUGUAGGAAGCUUCAAAACAAAGCAAGACUUCAUAGAUCUGAUUGAAGUGAUUUACCGUGGUGCCAUGCGCGGAAAGCUUAUUGUGAGAAGCCCUAUUGAUCCCAGCAACAUUCCUAAAUAUGACCUUCUUUACCAAGGAAUUUAG